GGUUUUUGUGGAGAUAAAUUUUUUGGAUGGAAUUUAUACAGAUCAAGAUCGGGAAACUAAAUUCAUUUAGUCUGAUAUAUUUCGAUAAUCGCAAUAACAAUUCAACUCCACAACUUCUAGGAAAACAACAGAAUGGCUUCUACAAAACCCCUUGUUCUCAUCAUUGGAGGCACAGGCGUCCAAGGCAUGCCCGUAGUUAAAGGCAAGUACUAAUAAGACCAAUAUACACCCCCAAACAUCAACUAACACUCCCUCAGAACUAGCUCAAGAUGGCGCCUACAACAUUCGCCUCGUAACUCGACGUGCCGACUCUCCACACGCGCAAGAACUGGCACGGCUUCCAGGGGUGACUAUUGUCGAAGGAGAUAUCUACUCCGAGCAUGACCUCCAUAGAUUCUUCUCUGGAUGUACCCAUGCCUUCAUCAACACCAAUGGUGGCGCCAUUGGUGAAAAAGGUGAAAUCUAUUGGGGCAUCCGUUAUUACGAAAUCGCACGCACACACAAAUUGCAACACUUCUUGUACUCCAGUCUUGAGUAUUCGCUUAAGAUCUCUGAUUUUGAUAAUGAUUAUAGAGAUGGUCAUAUGGAUGCGAAAGCUAAGGUUGCGGAUUGGAUUAGUGUGCAGGAUAAGGAGAAGAUGAAGUGGAGUGUUUUGACUAGUUGUUUGUAUAUGGAGAUGUUGAAUGAGCUUUUAGCUCCUCAUCCUGAUAAGGACGACCCCGAGACUUUGGCUUUUGUUGCGCCGUUGGGCCCAAAAGGAAGUGCGCCGUUGAUUGCUUUAGAAGACUUUGGGAAAUAUGCCAGAUGGGUGUUUGAUCAUCCCAAUCGCAGCAAUGGACUUAACCUCCAUGUUGCUUCCCAGGAAGUUGUUUGGGCUGAUAUUCCAGCCGCUUUUAAUGAAGCAACCGGGAAGAAAGCGGUAUAUAGAGAUGUGACGGUUGAUGGCUGGUUUGAACUUGGCCUCUUCCCAGAUCCAGAUGCGAAGUUUGGGCAUAGUGCUCCCGGGGAUGAAGGAACGUUGCGAACUUAUAGGGAGAAUUUUGGUGGGUUCUGGAGAUUCUGGAAGAGUGGCAAGGUAAGAAAGGAUUGGGCUUUGAUGGAUGAAAUUUUGCCGGGAAGGAUCAAGUCGGUGGGCGAGUGGAUGAGGAAGAGUGAGUAUGAUGGAAAUAUCAAGCCCUUAUUACAUGACUUUCACCAGAAAAAAAGAGAUGCCUAAGGAAAAUGAAGUUCGAUAGGGCUUCGA